AGGAAGAAAAAAAAAAUAGUGCUUAUUCACAACAAUGACUCUUCUACAUAGUUUCAUUCUCUUUCUCUUCUCUCUCACACUCAUUUCCACAAAUGGAGAAUUCUCACAACAAUCCAACAUCAUGUUACCUUCACAACAACAACAAACAACAGAGAAAAUAAAACAUAUCCAUUUCUACUACCAUGACAUUAGAGGCAACAAAAACCCCACCAUGAUACAAAUCGUUAACGCAGCGGAAAACACGAAAAAUGGAUUUGGUUCAAUUUUUAUGAUGGAUGAUGCAAUGACUGAAGGACAAGAGUUAAGUUCAAAACAAAUUGGAAGAGCACAAGGGCUGUUUGGUCUUUGUACACUUCAAAGUAUUGCAGAGUGUAUGUUAAUAAAUUUAGUUUUUACUGAUGGAGAAUAUGGUGGAAGUACUCUAAGUAUGUUGGGAACAAAUGCUAUUACAAAACAAAAUAGAGAAACUUGUAUUGUUGGUGGAACUGGUGUUUUUAGAUUUGCUAGAGGCUUUGCUAUUGCUAAUAGUGUUAACUCCAUUUCUACCCCUGAACAUUAUGUUGUUGAGUAUAAUGUUACCGUUUCUUAUCCCUAAAAUACCCUUUGGUUUUAGUUUAUAUCUAUCUCUAAGAGAGAGUUAGAG